GUUCAGUUUAGUUGAGAGAAUACUUCGGUGCAGGUUGGACGUUUUGUGCAAUUUCUCUUUUUUUUAAAUUAAAAUUUAAUUAAAUUCUUUUAUUUCUAUCGUGUGUUGUAUCUUAAGUGGAGACACUCUAUCGCUAAAUGGGUCGGUUUUGUUAAGUGAUUUUCUUGGAUGAGCUAAUUCUAAGAUUGUGGAUUUUUUGAAUAAUUUAAAAAAGUGACUGCAAUAUUGAAAAUCUCGCUGGCAAAAAAAAGCGAGGAGGAAGAUAAAAAAGUAAUAAGGUCUUUUAUAAUAAUCACGAGAGUGCUUCUGAAUGAAUGGAUGGAGAUUAUAGAAAAUAGAGGAAAAGAAGUGUGAAUGUGAUUGAAAAUGGGACUUGAAUAAUAAAUACAUUAAUAUGGUGAGAGACACAUCAGCUUUUUAGCAGUGUAAUUGGUCAAUGAGAAAUUUUUCGUAGAGUUUAAUUGCACAGUCUUUGGCACAGUGGAGUUGUGAAAGUUGACGGAGCCGCUUACUAAAUAGCCCAAGAGUGUUGCUUUUUUGAAAACCUCUGUCACUUUCUGCGGUGUAUGUGUCACAGAAAAAUCGCACAAUUUUUGGCUUGAUUUUUCUGUCCACGGAGAUAUACAACGAGGAAAAAACGAACCCAUCAAAAAGCGAAAUUAUUAUUAUUUUUUGCCAAGUGCAGACGUUAGCACAUAUUUGGCGCACGGCUGCACCUUUCGACCACCAAGUGGAUGGUAUUGUUUUUUUUUUUCAAAACCGAAAACAUCUUCAAAAGUUAUACCUUCAAGUGUUAGCUGAAGAAGUUGAGGACGCUGCAAAAUCGAGAGGCAGCAACGGGAAAAAAACCCAAUCAAAUGCCAUCAAGAACCGUGACGUCAGAAUUGGAAAUAAGAGUCUCAGAAGAAAUUGCAUGAAUCAGCUUUUGGUGCGAAGGCCGUGAUUUAUUUGCCUCAGAAAUAUCCAUUUCACUCUGCACAUUUGUCCUGACUUUUGACUCAUCCCCCUCAGUCAGUAAGAUAUACCUUUUAUAUUUGCUGAGGUAAAUCAACAUGAAAGAUGAAAGAGGAUCAGUCUUGAAAUUGCAUUCGAAGGAAUAGAACUAACAAAAUAAAAACAAGUUAAAAAAAAACACAAAUAAAUAAAUUAGCAACGAAGCGUUAUAAAUUGGAGGCGAAGUGAAGUGCGAUGUUUUCUUGUAAAUCGUCCAAUUGAACAACAUUAUAAUUGCAUGAAGAGAUACGGAGAUUUGUGAGAAAGACAUACUAAGCAGAGGAGAAACGAGUGUAAAAAGUGGAAGGAAUUAAACGAGGAAGAUUAACCAUAUAAAUCGCAUACAACUGACUCCAUCAUCAAUCACAUUGUGCCUACAAUCUUGAAUGUUUUUGUGUUGAAAAAGAAAUGGUGCACAGUUCAUAGACGAGGACAAAUUAACUUAGUGCAUACUGGCCUUUUGUGCAAUUAAACUGCACCAGACUGCAGAUAUUUUACUCAGAAAAUUUCACUCUGGGACAUACAUUUGGUCGAUUUCCCUUCAAUUUCACCAACACUGACCACAACACCCAACUAGGGGACACGACAAUCACCUGGACAGAUAAGAAAAAUCAUCAGGACAUUGUCAUGGUUGCUUUCGUAGUGAAGUUCAUGGACUAUCAAUUAGAGCAUCUCCGUGAGUGAUUUUCACCUGUAACCGAUUGUUACUGGCAUUUUGGCGCGUUGGGGGAGACGUGUAGAUAUAUUGGAGAAAAGAAGAAAUUAACUUUGAGUGGAAAUUACACAGCAUUUGAUGUGUACUUCAAGUAGAUUUAAUAGGCAAUAUCUCCAUCAGUAAUAACAUCGUCAUAACACGACUUGAACGAUACUCAAAGUGAAAAUGCUGGAUCCGGACUUGGAUGAGUAUCUCUCAGAAUAUAGGCUUCAGACACCGGUUGAACCAAUCAGUCACUAUGCAGAUGGUGAACUGGAGGCUCAGUGGUUGAUGGCAGCUGGAUUCCCACAUUUGACACGUGCUUUCGAAGAGGGUCGUGAACUUCCGACUUCCGCACUUUCGGUCGCCCUCUCUGGACUUUCACAGUCGCAUGCAGAAGCGGUUAAACAGAGAGUAAAAGCCUUAAAUAGGACGGUUCGUGGCCGCACAAGGUCGCGCCAUCAAAGAAAACCGGAUAUCAGAGAUGUCUUUCGCGAUGUCGAUACAUCGAGCACGGGAACACGCUCAAGAAGUGCAACACCAGAUUCACUAGAUUCAAUUCCUGGAGAUGAACAUUGGAAUACUAAUCAGCAAGUGCCGAACUUUGUGUCGAUAUUCGAUGGAGGGGCGACCUUGCCAACCCUUCCGCGGAGCAAGCAGAACCUCCGGCGAACACCUAGUGCUCCUUUGAGAGGAUCUGCUGAGCUCUUCAGAGGCUCUCAUGUGCGCUGCGACAUCCCCUUCUUCACGGAAGGCAUCGAAUUGGUGGGCUUCCAGCGCCUGGGCACCAUUCACAUCCCACGGGUGCGUUCGGGAUCGGAUCCAUCGUGCUCUGUUGGGCGACGCAAUGGGGAAAAUCUUCUCACCGGAAGGCUCUAUGAUGGGCGCAAUGAGGACUCAUCGCAGUCUUCAUCGCCCCUCGAGAGUCCAACAAACUCCCCGCCACGCAGCAGUCCUCUCGAAUCAGCAGCCGAAGAGGAUUCCCCGUCAUCAAGGAGAUCUCCUGAGCCUGUAAGCUUCGAAGGACUCUGCCGGCAGAGCGGAGGCACAGGUAACAGCAUCUGGACUCACAGGGAACCCUGCUGCGAUGUUGAUGAUCUCAGUGAGAGUGACUUGAAGAAGAUCCAACCACUUCUUUGGCUCGAACUGGCAGCACUCUUCGAUCGUCAUCACAUCAUCCUGGACAAGAGGAAGCCGUUCAAGCGGAAAAAGAAGGAGGAAGGCAAUGUGUUCGGUGUCUCCCUAAAUGCUCUCGUCCGACGGGAUCAACAGACAACCGGUGAAGACACAUCCCUUGUGCCGCUCCUGCUGCAGGGAAUCCUGAAGGAGCUCGUGAGUCGCGGUGCCAAAGAGGAGGGUAUCCUCCGUGUUGCUGGCAACAAACAGAAGAUUGAACUUGUUUACAAUGAAUUGGAACAAAACUUUUACUCCAAGCCGGAGAAAGUUGAACCGCUUCUUCGACGCUGUGGGGUCCACGAUCUCAGUGCUAUUCUCAAGAGGUGGCUCCGUGAGCUACCUCAGCCACUUCUGGCCAAUGAUUUGAUCCAUCUAUUCUACCAAACACACGCCAUUCCACCUGAGGAUCAGGGCAAGGCUCUUUCGGUGCUCUGUCUGCUGCUACCUCAUGAAAACCGCAAUACCUUGAGGGCACUCCUGGACUUCCUCAGGACCGUUGUGGCCCUUCAGAGUCUCAACAAGAUGUCUAAUCACAAUGUAGCCACAAUCAUUGCGCCUUCGCUUUUCCCGCCAAGGUUUGUCCAUCCGGGAGAUAAGAAUGACAUUGGUGCUCAGGUUCGAAUGGCUGCUCAGUGCUGUCGUCUGACAGAUAUCCUAAUUGGUCAGGAGGAAUCCCUGUGGAUGGUGCCUAAGCGUCUUAUCGAUGAGGCCCGGUCGAUGAAUAAACCGCGGCUGACAAAGAGACAAGCCCGGAAAACCAAGAGUGAGUCCAGUGCGGAGAUCCGCCUCAACCACAAUCCCAGUCACAUCCACAGACUAGUCGUGUGAAAGUAUCGAGUCCGGGAAUUUAUCUCAAGAUCGUGUCUCAAAUUGCAUUGUUGCUAUUAUUAAUUUCCACUUUGCGCUACCACAAUCGAAAUGCUGAAUUUCACUAGAAAUUAACUUAGGAAAUAUUCUAUACCUUCUUAUAAAUGCUGUAAAUAGAAUUAGAUUUUAUGUUUCUGUGCAUCGACUUCUCCUCUGGAAAGGUUCCAGGUUCAGGCAUCUUGGCAUUUGGUCAGAGGAACUGUUUGAUAUGUGUGCUGACUCAAAAUUAAACAAGUCAAUUGAUGAAAUUUGCUAGUUUAUCGAGUUUUUUUUUGUCUUUUAGCUACUAAGAACAAAAUGUGAAGUCAUAUUAAUAAAAUUUUUGCAUAUAAA